UUCAAAACCUUUUUUUAUAUAAUUUUCUUUUGGAGUUUUUUCACCAUAAUUUCAGCACCUCCGGACUUGGAAAUGCCUUCAAAGUAUAAAGGAUAUGAAUUUUAUGAGAAAAUCUUAAAAAAACCACGAUAUAUAGUAGCGCCAAUGGUCGAUCAGUCUGAAUUACCCUGGCGAAUUUUGAGCCGCAGACAUGGUGCAGAGCUGUGCUAUUCUCCUAUGUACCAUGCCUCAGUGUUCUUGAGAGAGCCUACAUAUAGAAAAGCCGCUUUAGCUACUUGUGAGGAAGAUAGACCACUUAUUAUACAGUUCUGUGCAAAUGACCCAGAGACACUUGUCAAUGCAGCAUUGCUUGCAGAGCCUCAUUGCGAUGCAAUAGAUCUAAACCUAGGAUGCCCACAGGGUAUUGCCAGAAGAGGGCAUUAUGGUGCCUUUUUGCAAGAUGAGUGGGAACUUAUUAGUAAAAUUGUACAAUUGGCUGCAGAAAAACUGUCAGUUCCAAUCACGUGUAAAAUUAGAGUGUUUGAAGAUGUCCAAAAAACAGUGGACUAUGCUAAGAUGUUAGAAAAAGCUGGCUGUCAGCUCUUAACAGUUCACGGGAGAACAAGAGAACAGAAAAAAGAACUGAGUGGUCUAGCAAGUUGGGACCACAUUAAGGCAGUGAAAGAAAGUAUAUCAAUACCGGUUUUUGCAAAUGGGAACAUUUUAUAUUUCAACGAUGUUCAACGGUGUUUGGAUUACACCGGAGUCGAUGGAGUGAUGACUGCUGAGGGGAAUCUUCGCAACCCAGCUCUGUUUUCUGGUAAAGAGCCUACAGCAUGGCAAAUGGGUGAAGAAUACCUUGAUCUAGUUGAUAAAUAUCCUUGUGCUCUGUCAGCUGUCAGGGCUCAUCUCUUCAGAUUAUGGCAUCAUGGUUUAUGCAUUCACACAGACAUACGAGAAAGGUUGAGCAAAGCAGGGUCGCUAAGUGAAAUGAGAACUAUAAACAAUGAUUUAAAACACUUGGCACAGAUGGAUGCAAACAAAACAGCAGAAUCAUUGUUAGGCACAGGCAAAAGGCAUUACUGGAUUUGCCAACCACAUAUAAGAUCAAAUGAACCUAAGUCAGUUAAGAAAGAUGAAAAGAUUGAGAACAAGGAGGGUGUGAGCAAGAAGGAGAUGAAAAGGAUGUUAAAGAAACAGAGGAAAUUGGAACAACAGCAGCAAAAACAAUCAACACAACGAUCUUUUAAAUGGGACAGAUGUGAAAAAUGCAUUGUCAACCCAAAGGGACGAAAAUGUAAUUACAUGUUAUGCCGUGCAUGUUGUCGGGAAAAGACCUUCACAGAGCAUUUGAACUGUCGAAGUCAUCGCUUCAAAUGUGACCAGAAAGAAGAGAAUGCCAUAAAGAAAUCAAAUAAUGAAGACAAGAGUAACAUAGAAAUAGAAAUAGGAAGUGAAAGUAGAACAGAAGAUUGUAGUGAACAUGUGAAAUAAAUGCCAAAAAAUAUGGCAUUACUUGUAUUAU